CUGGCUUUCAAUUCUUUGUAAUUGUUCGACAGCUGGGCAGUAUUGUUCCUCUUCCUUCACCUUUUAUUAAACAUGUUUACGGGAAUCGUCGAGUACAUGGGCACUAUUUCUGCCGUGUCUGAAAAUGACACUACUGAAUCCGGCGGAAAUGGAUGGACCGUAACCGUCGGUGAUGCAAGCUGCAUUUUGGACGACUGCCACAUUGGUGACAGCAUUGCCAUCAAUGGUACAUGCUUGACUGUGACUGAGUUCUCCCAAGAUACUUUCAAGGUCGGAAUGGCACCAGAGACACUUAGAAAAACUAAUCUCGGCGAAUUAAAGGUCGGAUCAAAGGUGAAUCUCGAGCGAGCAAUGUCAGCCAACAAGCGUUUCGGCGGACAUAUGGUGCAGGGACAUGUAGACGAUACCGCCACUAUCAUCGACAUCACACCUGAAGGCAACUCCUUGUGGUUCAAGCUUCAACUUCCUACUACCGCUCUUCUCCCCUAUAUAAUACCAAAAGGCUUUAUCUGCUUGGACGGUGCAUCACUUACCGUCUGCGAUGUGAAUGAUGCCGAACGCUGGUUCACCAUCAUGAUGAUCGCUCAUACCCAAAGUUGUGUUGUUAUGGCUGACAAGAAGCCUGGCGACCGAGUCAAUGUCGAAGUUGAUAUGGUUGGUAAAUAUGCACUCAAGAGUUUGGAAGGUGCUAUGGGUAGCGAAGGUAUCGAAGCACUUGUCAAGCGACUUCUUGCCAAACAAUAAGCCAUGUCAAAAUUAUCCAUAUGGAAUAAAAAAACGUUAUUAUAAAUUUCUCA